GUGACCCAUAUAUCCCAUUACUAUUGCAUUCUUUCUUCUUUUUUUCAGGCAAAAUAAAAGAAAUUCCCUUCAUGAAUGAAAACAUGCAGAAAUAUUUGGAAAAUUAUUAGUAGGAAAAACUUUACAUAAGAGUACAAAAAGAAAAGGAACAUAAUAGUAAAAAGAAGUGGUAGAUAGCUAGUUUGAACUUGUGCAUUUUAAAUGCUUGUCUACUUCCAUGUGAGAAUAUUAAUAUGAUUAUGGAUUUGACCAAAGUGGUAAGGAGUUUAAUUUAGUUAAUUAUAUAUAUAGCUUUAUGGAUACAUAUGAUUCUCGAAAGAUCACAGUUUCUACUUGGGGAGUUUAUUAGAGUCUGUCACCUGGUUCUAUUUUGCCUAAUAAUGUACUUAAAAAGCAACUUUGGUGAUAUUGUUUUGUAAUAUCCGUUUGUACUGUUGGGAAACAACUUUUUCUCCGAAAAUUUUAAUAACUCCACCUUGUUAGAUUCUUGGUUUUUUUUCUGUCAAAAUCAUGAAAACUUGUGUAUAUAUAAUUUCUCAGGCUAAGGCUUUCAUAACCCUAAUAUUGGUCAUUUUUCUCUGGACUGAAUCUCAUUAGCUAGAGUAAUGGAAAUCUCAAGGGAAAAAUGGGAAAGAUGGGAACUUUUGUGGAUGGGAUUGGUUCUCAAGUGGGAACUUUAUAUCAUUAGCAGCCAAUCAACAUUCAACUAUCUGAUCCUUUCACAAAAUCCCCAACCCAACACCACACACUGUGAGCACCAUAUGUUCCUUUAUUACCCCUUUGAAAUCCACUAAUUCCAUUUAUACCCUUUAUUUGUUAUCCCACUGUCCUCUCACAGCCGGAGAAAAAGAGAGAGGGGUCAUUUUGGAUAAUUCAUCAACCGUUAUUCGUAACGUGAGGUGUUGUUUAAUGAUGCUGAAGAAAGAUGGAUAAUUUAGUUACUAAAAGAAUGACCAAAAAGUUUUGAGCUUCAUUUUUUUUUAUCCUUUUUUUCCCUCAGUACUGGCUAUAUUAUUGCAUAAUGUUUUAGUUUCUGUUGCUGAAUGAAAACUUUUGAAAAAAAGGUCCAAAAGAAACAAAAGAGUACCCUGGAUUAGACAUACAAUUAGUGUUGCCUCAUCACUACCUUUUGGGACAGCAGCAUCUGAACUGAAGCUCUCUCUCUCUCUCUCUCUCUCUCUCUCUCUCUCUCUCUCUCUCUCUCUCUCUCUCUCUCAUUAUUUCACUCUGUAGUUUAGUAUAUAUGAUGCAGAAAUGAUCAUGACAAAGGACUCUUCUGUCACUGCCAUGGUAGAUCUUGAUCAGGAGCAACCUGCACCUAUUGAUGUAAAUAUGACCUCCAAAAAGAAGGAACUUCUUUCCACUGCUCUGAAGAGAACCAGUGAAUGGAUUUUCUCUCAAGAGAUUCCCAGUGAUGUUACUAUCAAAGUUGGAGAAGUUUCAUUCUCAUUACACAAGUUUCCAUUAGUUUCGAAGAGUGGACAUAUACGAAAACUGGUAUCGGAUUCUAAUGAUCCUGAUCUUUGUGUAAUCGCUCUUGCUGAUGUUCCUGGUGGGGCAGAAGCGUUUGAACUUGCUGCCAAAUUCUGCUAUGGAAUAAAUUUCGAGAUAAGCACAGAAAAUAUUGUCAUGCUGAGAUGUGUAGCAGAGUAUCUUGGGAUGACUGAGGAGUAUGCAGUUGGAAACUUAGUUGGAAGAACUGAAGCCUUCUUGAGUGAAGUGGCACUCAAAACUCUUGCAGGAGCAGCCUCUAUUCUACAUAUUUCAGAAAAUUUUCUACCAAUAGCAGAGAAAGUUAAAUUGGUCAGCAAAUGCAUAGAUGCAAUUGCCUAUAUAGCCUGCAAAGAUAGCCAAUUCUGUAUGUCCGGAAGGAGCACUGAAAGUGGAAGUGAGGGUGUGAUUUCUUCCUUAGUUUCUGGUUCAAAACCAGUUGUUGAUUGGUGGGCUGAAGAUCUGACCGUUCUUCGAAUCGAUAUGUUCCAAAGAGUUCUAGUUGCCAUGAUGGCAAGAGGGUUCAAGCAAUACGCUCUUGGGCCAAUUCUCAUGCUUUAUGCUCAAAAAUCACUGAGAGGUUUGGAAAUAUUUGGUAAGGGAAGGAAGAAAAUCGAGCCAAGACAAGAACAUGAGAAGAGAGUUGUGCUAGAAACAAUAGUUAGUCUUCUACCAAAGGAGAAAAAUGCUAUGUCAGUUAGUUUUCUUUCAAUGCUCCUGCGAGCAGCGCUCUAUCUCGAGACAACAGUUGCUUGCCGCCUAGAUUUGGAGAAAAGGAUGGGAAUGCAGUUGGGGCAGGCUGUUUUGGAUGAUCUCUUAAUUCCUUCAUAUUCAUUCACUGGUGACACAUUGUUUGAUGUGGACAGUGUUCAGAGAAUCAUGACAAAUUUCCUUGAUUACGAAAUGAGUGGUACUCGUUACGUGUUUAAUGGAGAUGAGGAUUAUGUCUCCCCUCCACAAAGUGAGCUCGAACGAGUUGGGAAGCUAAUGGAAAACUACCUAGCUGAAAUAGCUUCUGAUAGAAACUUACCUGUUUCAAAAUUCAACAGUCUUGCUGAACUUAUUCCAGAGCAAUCAAGGGUAACCGAAGAUGGGAUGUAUAGAGCCAUUGACAUUUAUCUAAAGGCUCAUCCUGCUCUAAGUGACAUGGAGAGGAAGAAGGUAUGCAGCUUGAUGGACUGCCAGAAGCUGUCUCGGGAGGCCUGCGCCCACGCGGCUCAAAAUGAUAGGCUGCCAGUACAAACUGUGGUCCAAGUGCUUUACUACGAACAACAAAGAUUCAGAGAAGUGAUGAAUGGUAGCCUAUCAGGCAGCGAAUCACCUGCUAUUCCUUCAGUGAAGAUGAACUUAUAUUCCAAUGACAUGCACCCGAUUUCAGACGAGCUCUCCAGCCUGCGCAGAGAAAAUGAUGAACUCAAAUUAGAACUAGUGAAAAUGAAAAUGAAGCUAAAAGAAAUUGAAAGAUCAAACACAGGAAGGUCAACUGCUGCGAAUAGUCCUAUUGGAACAAUCAUGUCAUCACCUGCUGAUAAGCCUCCUCAGCCAAGAAAAUCAUUCAUGAACUCAGUGUCAAAGAAACUUGGGAGGCUUUACCCUUUUGUCCGCUCAGAUGGAAUGACACCUUCAUACAAAACUCGGACAAAACCAGCUAAAGAUCGGCGGCAUUCAAUAUCCUGAUGAGCCAUUGUUUUACUUUCUGAGCUAUGUCAUACACUGUAAGAAGUUCAGUUUUUUCUUUAUUGUUUUGUCUUACAACUCUUGAGAAUGAUUACUAGCUAAGAAUGUGUUUUUUUUUCUUUUCGGUUUUCGUGAUUAAUUUUACUUCUUUCUUUUGUCCUGUUCUGUAUGGAAGAUUGUUGUAAAUAAUAAUUAUGUUUUUGUGUAA